UAUUUCUUCCUUUUCAUAGAGGAGGCCAGAUAACCAUGUCAGCUGCAGCUGUGGAUGCAGUUAAUGCUGCCUCCCUGUCGGGGUCCAAAGAAAUGAGUUUGGAGGAACCAAAGAAGAUGACCAGAGAGGACUGGAGAAAGAAGAAGGAGCUAGAAGAACAGCGAAAACUGGGUAAUGCUCCUGCAGAAGUUGAUGAAGAAGGGAAAGACAUCAACCCUCAUAUUCCUCAGUAUAUUUCUUCAGUGCCAUGGUAUAUUGAUCCAUCAAAAAGACCUACUUUAAAGCACCAGAGGCCACAACCAGAGAAACAAAAGCAGUACAGCUCGUCUGGAGAAUGGUACAAGAGGGGUGUAAAAGAGAAUUCCAUAACUACUAAGUACCGCCAAGGAGCAUGUGAAAAUUGUGGAGCCAUGACACACAAAAAGAAAGACUGCUUUGAGAGACCUAGGCGAGUUGGAGCAAAAUUUACAGGUACUAACAUAGCUCCAGAUGAACAUAUCCAGCCUCAGCUGACGUUUGACUAUGAUGGGAAGAGGGAUCGGUGGAAUGGCUACAAUCCAGAAGAACACAUGAAAAUUGUAGAAGAAUAUGCGAAAGUUGAUCUGGCAAAACGAACACUGAAAGCCCAGAAACUCCAAGAAGAGUUGGCCUCAGGAAAAUUAGUGGAACAGGCUAAUUCUCCAAAACACCAGUGGGGAGAAGAGGAACCAAAUUCUCAGACGGAAAAAGAUCAUAAUAGUGAAGAUGAGGAUGAAGAUAAAUAUGCAGAUGAUAUUGACAUGCCUGGACAGAACUUUGACUCUAAGAGACGAAUUACUGUCCGGAAUCUCAGGAUUCGAGAAGAUAUUGCAAAAUAUUUGCGGAAUUUAGAUCCAAAUUCUGCUUACUAUGAUCCCAAAACUAGAGCAAUGAGAGAGAAUCCCUAUGCCAAUGCAGGAAAGAAUCCAGAUGAAGUGAGCUAUGCAGGAGAUAACUUUGUUAGAUACACAGGCGAUACCAUUUCAAUGGCUCAGACACAGUUGUUUGCUUGGGAAGCCUAUGACAAGGGAUCUGAAGUGCAUCUGCAAGCUGAUCCUACAAAACUUGAGCUGUUGUAUAAGUCCUUCAAAGUCAAAAAAGAAGACUUCAAAGAACAGCAGAAGGAAAGCAUCCUGGAAAAGUAUGGUGGCCAAGAACACUUGGAUGCCCCUCCAGCUGAAUUGCUGUUAGCUCAGACCGAAGACUAUGUGGAGUACUCAAGACAUGGGACAGUCAUCAAGGGACAGGAGCGGGCUGUCGCCUGCUCUAAGUAUGAGGAGGAUGUGAAGAUCCACAAUCACACACAUAUCUGGGGAUCUUACUGGAAAGAAGGCCGAUGGGGAUACAAAUGCUGUCACUCUUUUUUCAAGUAUUCCUAUUGUACUGGAGAAGCUGGGAAGGAGAUUGCUAAUUCAGAGGAAUGUAUUAUAAAUGAUAUCACUGGAGAAGAAUCGGUGAAAAAACCUCAGACCCUCAUGGAGAUUCAUCAGGAAAAACUAAAAGAGGAGAAAAAGAAGAAAAAGAAGAAGAAGAAGCAUCGAAAGAGCAGUUCAGAUAGUGAUGAUGAAGAAAACAAACAUGAAAAGUUAAAAAAGGCACUGAAUGCAGAGGAGGCCCGCCUUCUUCAUGUCAAGGAGAUCAUGCAGAUUGAUGAGAGGAAGCGGCCCUACAAUAGCAUAUAUGAAACUCGGGAACCCACGGAAGAGGAAAUGGAGGCCUAUAGAAUGAAACGUCAGAGGCCAGAUGACCCCAUGGCCUCCUUCCUUGGACAGUAGUAACUAGUCAUAGACAGUCACCCAAGAUAGACACUGCUGAUAGAUUCUUUUAGCUUCUUGCCAGUGAUUAUGGAUGGGAAAAUCUCUGUCUACUCUUCUUGCUGCCUGACUGUAUAAUAAAGCUUCCAGAAGUCUCA